AUGAAUAAUUUGUACUACAAAAUAUUACAGGGUCAAUUGAAUUGGGGAUAUGUUGUAAAUCAUAUUAAUAUUAAUAUUAACGAAUCAUCAUCACCGAUAAAUUCAUCUUUUAAAGAAAACAAUUCUGAUACAAAUAAUGAAUCACACAUUGAAUUAGAUAAUGAUUUGGAUAUUUCAACUACAUCAUCGCACAGUGUAGAAACCGUCUUGGAAAUCAAAAAUUUGUAUGGUCAACAAACCCAACAAACUAUCACACCAAAACUUUUUGAUUCAGAUAACAUUCAACCUAUAUUGGCUGAUACUUUUCAAGAAGAAUCAACCAGAACUGUAGCUUUUGUGCCUAGUUUUAUGUCAGAGGGAGAGCCACUUGAAGUCGAAGAUGUUAUAAUAAGUCAUCAGGUUCGGCAUCAAGUUGCGAUUCCUCCUGGUUAUAAUUAUAUUCCACUUUCUAAACACGUUUCACCCGCAGAGCCUGCAAGAAUAUAUCCGUUUGAAUUGGAUCCAUUUCAAAAAGUUGUUGCAGAAUAUGCUAUCGCGCAAGCUUUGAAAAAUAAACAAAGAGUCAUUUACACCACUCCAAUAAAGGCUUUAAGCAAUCAAAAAUACAGAGAAUUAGAAAAUUCUUUUGGUGACGUUGGAUUGAUAACUGGUGAUGUUACUAUUAAACCUGAUGCAAGUUGUUUAGUGAUGACUACAGAGAUACAUUAUAUGAAAGAUAAAGUCUGUGGUGUAGUUUGGGAAGAAACUAUUAUUCUUUUAUUGCACCAAAUUCAUCCUGUGUUUUUAUCUGCAACAGUUCCAAAUGCUAUGGAAUUUGCAGAGUGGAUAUGUAAAAUACAUACAGAACCAUGCCAUAUUGUAUAUACUGAUUUCCAUCCAAUGCCUUUACAGCAUUAUAUUUAUCCUUGUGUAAGUGAUGGUAUUUUCAUGAUUGCAGAUGAAAAAGGAAAUUUUCACCAAGAAAAUUUUAAAAAAGUAAUAGUGAUGUUGGAUGUAGGUGCUAAUACUAAUGCUGAAUAUAUUGAUUAUAAAGGAAAGAAAAAAUCAUCACUACCACAAACAAUAAAAGGCCUGUCCGAUGUUUACAAAAUAGUAAAUAUGAUUAUGCUAAAAAAAUAUGAUCCAGUGAUAUUUUUUACUUUUAGUAGAAAAGAAUGCGAGAAUUUGGCACUGCAUAUAAAUCAUUUGGAUUUAAAUACUGACGAAGAAAAGGAUUUAAUACAACAAGUAUUUGACAAUGCACUUAACUUAAUUCCUGAAGAUGAUCAAAAUAUACCACAAUUCAAAAUAAGAUCACAGAAAUUGCGUAAACUUAUGGGAUCUGGAAAAAAAGGAAUUGGGAGAAACAUGAAAAGUUUGGAACUCGUUGGCGAGGCUCUACAACUUGAAUACAAUAUUCGCCAACAUCCUGAUAUUUGGCUUGCAGACCAUAAUGAACAAGCAAAUCAUAAAGCAGAUUACAAACAGAAGCCUGCCAUAGUUAUGUGA